GAACAUUUCACCCCUUAGUAAGUAAAUUUUUUUUUUUAACUCACCCUUUCUAGUAAAGUAGUAAUUGAAAAGGAAAGGUAGAAAUACUCAUAAAACAGAACAGACCUCAUCAGAAACAGAAUUUAAUCAGAAGCUAGAAAAUUGGGUGAAGCAAACCCACAGAUGAAUCUAAAGCUAAGAUAGUGCAGUUUAAAAAAUCAGGAGCUUUUGUUUUCGAUUCGAUCACCAUGUUAUCGAAUCAUCUACAGAACGGGAUCGAAUCCGAUAAUCUGAUCUGGUCUCGUGUCCCUGAAUCCGAUGAUGCUUCCACCGACGGUGUUGGCCUACUCAGCUCUCCCCGUGACGGCGGCGGAGGUGUUGAUAGUCUCGACUAUGAAGUCAUCGAGAAUUACGCUUACAGAGAAGAACAGGCGCAUCGAGGUAAGCUUUACGUCGGCUACUACGUUGCCGUCAAAUGGUUCUUCUCUUUACUCAUCGGGAUCGGAACUGGAUUGGCUGCUGUUUUCAUCAAUCUCUCAGUUGAGAAUUUCGCUGGAUGGAAGUUUGCUCUCACUUUUGCCAUCAUUCAAAAGUCUUAUUUUGCUGGGUUUAUAGUUUACCUUGUCAUCAAUCUAGUCUUAGUGUUUUCUUCCGCGUAUAUCAUUACCCAAUUCGCUCCUGCUGCGGCUGGCUCUGGCAUUCCUGAGAUUAAGGGUUAUCUCAAUGGAAUUGAUAUCCCUGGCACCUUGCUCUUCCGAACCCUCAUCGGAAAGAUAUUUGGAAGCAUUGGUUCUGUUGGGGGUGGCUUAGCCUUGGGGAAAGAAGGUCCCUUAGUACAUACAGGUGCCUGUAUUGCAUCAUUGCUUGGUCAGGGUGGAUCCACGAAGUAUCAUUUUAAUUCUAGAUGGCCGCAACUUUUCAAGAGUGACAGAGAUCGUCGUGAUCUUGUCACUUGUGGAUGUGCAGCUGGAGUUGCUGCUGCUUUUAGAGCUCCAGUUGGCGGAGUGUUAUUUGCAUUAGAGGAGGUUACAUCAUGGUGGAGAAGUCAACUUAUGUGGCGUGUCUUUUUCACGUCCGCUAUCGUGGCUGUUGUGGUGCGUACUGCCAUGGGAUGGUGCAAGAGUGGAAUAUGUGGACACUUUGGUGGAGGUGGUUUCAUUAUAUGGGAUGUAUCAGAUGGUCAAGAUGACUACUACUUCAAGGAGCUACUGCCAAUGGCCGUAAUUGGAGUUAUCGGAGGCCUACUUGGGGCAUUAUUUAACCAACUUACACUCUAUAUGACAUCUUGGCGUCGUAAUUCUUUACACAAGAAAGGAAAUCGAGUGAAGAUAUAUGAAGCAUGCAUCAUCUCUUGUAUAACUUCAGCAAUCUCAUUUGGGCUGCCACUCUUAAGGAAAUGCAGUCCAUGCCCUGAAUCAGUUCCUGAUUCUGGAAUUGAAUGCCCACGGCCUCCAGGAAUGUAUGGGAAUUACGUAAAUCCUCUGGGUGAGCUUUAUGACUUUCCUGACAUUUUUCCUGCAUUCUUGCGUCAACCAUUGCAGUUCUUCUGCAAAACGGACAACGAAUACAAUGAUCUCGCUACAAUUUUCUUCAAUACUCAGGAUGAUGCUAUAAGGAAUUUGUUCAGCGCAAAAACUAUGCGAGAGUUCAGUGCUCAGAGUCUACUAACCUUUUUGGCUAUGUUUUAUACAUUAGCAGUGGUGACCUUUGGCACUGCUGUUCCCGCUGGCCAGUUUGUUCCUGGAAUAAUGAUAGGAUCAACUUAUGGGCGCCUUGUAGGCAUGUUUGUUGUCAGGUUUUACAAGAAGCUCAACAUUGAGGAGGGAACUUAUGCUUUGCUGGGAGCUGCUUCGUUUCUUGGAGGCUCGAUGCGGAUGACUGUAUCUUUAUGUGUUAUCAUGGUUGAAAUCACAAAUAACCUGAAACUUCUACCUCUUAUAAUGUUGGUUCUUCUCAUCUCAAAGGCCGUCGGUGAUGCUUUCAAUGAGGGAUUGUAUGAGGUACAAGCACGCCUGAAGGGCAUUCCGUUGCUGGAAUCGAGACCGAAGUAUCAUUUGCGUCAAAUGGUUGCAAAGGAAGCAUGUCAAAGUCAGAAGGUAAUCUCUUUACCUCGAGUAAUCAGGGUUGCAGAUGUUGCUUCAAUUUUGCGCAGCAAUAAACACAAUGGAUUUCCCGUAAUCGACCACACGAGAAGUGGGGAAACACUUGUCAUCGGGUUAGUUCUGCGGAGUCACUUGCUUGUUCUCCUUCAAUCGAAGGUAGAUUUCCAACAUAGUCCUUUGCCUUGUGAUCCAAGUGCCAGACCUAUCAGGCACAGUUUUAGCGAGUUUGCUAAACCUGUUUCAUCCAAAGGGUUGUGCAUAGAGGAUAUACAUCUAACCUCAGAUGAUUUAGAGAUGUAUAUAGAUCUUGCUCCGUUUUUAAAUCCAUCUCCAUACGUUGUUUCUGAAGACAUGUCGUUGACAAAGGUAUACAACCUUUUCCGGCAACUUGGAUUGAGACAUCUAUUCGUUGUUCCCCGUCCUUCCCGUGUGAUAGGCUUGAUCACAAGAAAGGAUUUGCUAAUUGAGGAAAACGGGGAAUCAUCAGCUGUGGAACUCCAACAGUCAACUAGUGUAAGAGGUCGGUACAGUGAGACAGCAACACGGACGGACGCUGCACGUCCGCUUCUAGACGAUCUUUUAGGCUAGAAAAACAGUCAAACAUAUACAAUACAAGCAGUUCAAGUUUCAAAAGAUUCGGGCCAAUUCUCCCUCCAUACUACGAAACGACAUGCCUUUCCCCCGUUUUGAAUUUGGUAGCUUUGCCCCAAAACAGGUCUGGAGGAUAAUAGUGAUCAUAUCUUGAGAUGGGGUUGUGUCGUUCGUUAACGGUCUCAUUGGCUGUUGACAGAGGAUAGAAAGAUAUAUAUAGAGUUUAAUUGUUGUAAUUGUGCAAUCUUUGAUUAUUUCCUGGUCAUUGUAAAAUAAUCCAGCCUUUUGAUAUAUUACCUAAUUAAGUUUAAACCAUAUCGAGAAAAAAACCAAUAAAUAAUUUCAUUUGUUAUAGCUUUUUGAGAUUUUCACUGUUACUAAUCGGAUUUAAAG